AUGAGGAAAGUCCUGGACCGUCAUCUGGAUCUGCAGCUGCUGCGCUUUUCGCCGCGGUGCUGGUCGCAACUGGGCGCGAAGCCAAGGUGCAGGAGUCGGACGUGCAACCAGACGGCUCAAGGGUCAAGCCUGUCAAGCAGCUCCAGGAAGCCCUGCAGGCGAAGCAUUGUCAGAAGUCAGGGAGUCACCGUUCAAGAGGAUGUGCAGCGGCGAACAGAGCAUGUCGAGACGAAGAUUCGCAUUGCGGCUGCUGAGUGCAAUGCACUUGAACAAAGAAUCGAAGGCUUGGCCCUUGCCCAUCGGCGGCGAGAGCUCGAGGUUGCUGAUGUUUGGCAGGACGUGGAAGCUGGGAUGGUCAGCGCGCAGGAGGUGCUGAAGACGUCUGCAGACUUGCGAGAAAGCGGCCAGCAGGAGGUCACCGAAUUGGGUUGCUUGCAGAAGGAAGCAUGCCGGCAGGCUGUUGCCGUCCAGGUUCUCAGGCGGUGGCAUGAUGAGGCCGAAGCUCACCAUCCGAAGACACGACUUGCGGUCCUGACAGCACAGCUGGCUGACGAACGGCGCCGGCGUUCCAAGGAGAUUCAGCAGGAGAUGGACGAGAUUUCCAGAUUAGAAGAUCUGCUGAGAAACAUGUCGGGAGCUGCUUGA